AUGUCGACCCGGCUGGGCCACUUGUUCCUGCUGUUUGGACUCUUUGGAGUUGUGUGUGAGGAAGUGAUGAACACAGACAGCAGCAGCGUCUGUCAGUGUCUGCAGACGGAGGACGAGGAGGAGGAGGAAGAGGACAUCUCUCUGACCUCAUCUGGAUGGGACUUUAACAGUCUUUACCUGGAGACAGAGUUAGGAGUCUCCAUGUUGGGGAUGCGGGGUCUGUGUUUCCGAGAGUUAGAGCAAAAACUUCCGAAAUAUGGGAAUAUUUCAGGCCAACUGGUAAAAGAGUUGUCUGGACACUCUGUCAAACUUCACUUGGAAACACAGGAGUUGUUCGAGACGUUUGGAGCGGGUUUUUUUGUCUCCUCCAUAUCACCUCCGGGGCUCCAGAGAUGUGCUCACAGAAAAGAACAACAGGAUCUGGAGUGGUUUCAUUCGACCCCCACAGGUACGCCUCCUAACACCCCUGGUCUAUUUGCACCCCUAACGGCAUCCGGAUCUCCUCAAUCCCUUUCAUCAUUGUCAUCAUCGCCACCUCUAUCGCCGGAACACUUCCUACCAUCCCCACCUACACCUCCUCUGCCACCAUCUCUAUUGUUUGGGGCACUUCCCCCUCAGACAUGUGCAUAUCAAGCUAUACCCUCAGCAAAUGCUGUAUUACAACAGGGAGGUGUUGCUGCUUGUUCGGACGCAGUGGCGCCUGAUCAGACUGAUGGUGUGGUGUCAUCUUUGUUUAUAGAUAGCGUUAAGACAGCGUCUCUACAUCUUCUUAACAUAGCUCUUUACAAAUAUUUGGAAGAGCUUUGUUCGGGGUGUCAGAUCAAUCAUCCAAGCCAGAAACAGCAUGCCUGUUUAGAGGGGCUACCAGAACACUUCUACACUGUCCACUUUGAACAGCUUAUGAAAAGACUACUGACUGAUAAAUUCAUUGGUGUCGUGCAACGUUUUCUGUCCUUGAAACAUCUCACUGCUGAUGAGGGUAGAAUCCGUGGAGUAUCCGAAACAGUUUUGUACGAGUUGAAAACAGCUGAAGAUGUUACGACUAAAAUCAGUGCUAUGUAUGACUCUAUGAUAGGGGAUGAUGUUGUCAAAAUAGCCGAAAUUAGAGAGAUUGGGGACUAUUGGAGAGAUUUAUAUGCGCUAAAAAGUAAAUAAAUAAAUAACAGGGUGAAAAUAUGGGGAAUUGUUUAUGUGUAAUGUAUAACCAUAUCAGUGAGCGAUACCACGUAUCUCAUUUAUCUGGUAUUUUAGACCAAGCCAUUGCUAAUAAUGUGAACGAUGUUGAAAAAUACCAAUGUAAGAGUGUUGAUGUAGAUCGUACAGUCGUGAGUAGGUUAGAAAAACUGAUGGUGCUUGUAAGAAGACACCAUACCACACCUCCUUGGGAGGGUCUGUUGCAGAUGUUAUUAACAAUGUUAAGGACACGUGAGAGUAUAGUGGAAACAUUUUGUGAUGUCAUAGCCAAUAUUACACGCAAUUUCUAGAUGCUGAAGGUUUAUCACCUACUUACUAUGUAUACAAUGCUUGUAGAUACAGUGAGUUUGUAUGUGCAAGAAAAACGGUAUACUGAUGUCUUACAGGAUUUGCAAAAACUGCAUAUUUUCAUAAUCAGUAAAAGCAAUGUAUCCGUAUUAGCCAAUAUGCUAUCUAUGAUAGAAUAGUUUUCACUGUCUUCAUAACGGUCAUAUGUAUGAAUG